AUGCGUACCAAGUACACAGGAGACGAAUUGACCUUCUACACCAAGCUGACUAUCAUUACGGCCAAUGCGGUAGCUUUGGUCUUUCUCAUCACGGCCUUCUUCCUCGCGGCCUCAUUUCCAGCUGAUGGGUUCGAGCAGGCUGCCAGCGCCUUUCAGUUCGCACCGAGGCUGACACAAUAA